AUGCAUCUCUCGCCCCUCGCCGUAACACUCACCCUCCUUCCUCCAGCCCUCUCCACCCCCCUCCUUAAUUUCUCCGCCGCCAACGGUGACCCCCCUUCCACCCUAGGCAUCCUCAACCUCGAAGAAGCGCGCGACCAAAAGGUCUCCACGAACACCAACGACCUCUACAUCAAGCUGGCCAGCGACCCCCACGGCGUCCCGGCCCUGCACUACCACCGCAAGAAGGACUACAUCCGCGCCGAGUACCACGCCCUCGCCAACCAGAUCGAAGAAGGGAAGACCUAUUACAUUGGCUACAAGUUCUCGCUUGGGGUGAUUGAGCAGAGUUUGAUGAUCUUUCAAUUCAAGGCCUACGCCGGCAACAACGCCGCCGCCAACGGAGCGAACAUCCCGCUCUCCCUGGAGUUCAAAAGCGGGCAGCUGCACCUGCAGUACCAGGCGGAUAGCUCGAGCGGGCGGGAGGCGCAGUGGUCCCGCACCGUCGACACCGAUACGGUCUACUCGGUGGGGAUGGUGAUCCACACGGGCCGCCCGGGGUGGGUGGAGUUCUAUUUCGAGGGCGAGCAGCAGACCCUCGGAACCGCCGGGGGAGGAACCAGGCUGACGGCCAAUACGUGGACGGGGCGAACGGAGCCCAAGUUCGGGGCGUAUCGCGGCGAGACGGUUGCCAUCGAUACCUAUGUGUAUCAGGUGCAGAUUGGCACGGCGUUGGGGGAUAUUGUGGAGGCGGCAGGGUUGAAGGGGGGUUCUACCCCAGGCGCAAGUACCGGUACCAUCGCUACAGGAUCUUGCUCCUGGGAGGGCCAUUGCGCGGGAGCUUCCUGCGAAACGGAGGAUGAUUGCUCCGAUGAGUUGGUUUGUACGGGUGGGAAGUGUGCCUCUACUUGA